AUGGACCAAAGUCAAAUCAGCUCCCGGGUGAGUGCAAACGGUGAAAGUUACAAGGAUGACACAAGUCUGGCGUCUGCGACCACGUCAAGCUCGUUUACGCGACAGGAAGGGGGGAGAUCGUAUAACAUCCUUAACGAAACUUACUUUCUACCCACUGACGACGAUGAGUUUGAACAAGCAGCAUUUAGCAAUCACGUUGGCAUGUCUGGACUGUAUCCAGCGCCGGAUAUUGUCCAGGAACUCCUCGCACCAAGAGAAGGCGUGCAACAGCGGAUACUGGAUGUUGGAUGUGGCACAGGUGCAUGGGCAAUCUCUAUGGCAAAGGAAUUCCCGCAUGCUCAUGUGGUCGGCAUUGAUCUUGCACCAGUCCCCAUCUCCGACACUCUCCCAUCCAAUGUUACUUUUGAGCUCGACGACGUCAACAAGGGUCUCACUCACCUCUACGACACAUUUCACCUCGUCCAUGUUCGUUUUGUUGCCACCGGGCUCAGAGAUUUUAGCAAAUGCAAGGCCGAGAUCGAGCGAUGUUUAAAACCUGGUGGCUUGGCCAUCUGGAUCGAUGCCGACUAUGAUAUGCUGAGUAGAGAUAAGGACAUAUAUCGUCCACCGGCGAUCGAGGGCUCGGUUGAAGAUGGAUCUUGGGUGGCCAGAAUGUUCUUCGAGACCCGGAGAAUUGCGGUUCAGCUCGGAGGCAGCAGCUUAUUCGCCGUUACGGAAUCACUCAGUCGCGGCUUAUGGGACGACGAACUACUAGAUCCGAAUACGUGCGCACGGGCCGACCUCUUUCUUCCAAUCGGUCCAUGGGUAACAGAUAAAGAUCCUGUACAAAGUCAACGGCUAAGCCACAUUGGAUCGCUCAUGCGUCAAGACUUUAUGAGUGGUUAUCGUGCAUUCCACCCGGCACUCCAACGUGUUGGCAUCCCUCCCGAAACAUGUGAACAAUGGUCCAAUCGUGCAGACGAAGAGCUCAACACGAUGAAGGAUCCAAUAUUCGUGCGGAUUGCAUGCGCAUGGGGACGGAGGCGCACGUCACUAAAUGGUCCAGCGCCACCACUACCUUCGUCAAACGCAGACUCUACAUCAUCAAGACUAGACGCCGCUCCACCGAGUUCGUCAUCUCAUUCAACCGCCUCACCAGUUCUUCCUCCUUAUCCAUACAUGGAGAUACAUACGACGAAGUCAGCUGCACUCGAGGCGUAUGAGAGACGGAAUCGGAGUAAGACGUUUGCAGUACCGCCUCUCCCUCCAGGACUUCAACUAUAA